GAGAGAGAGAGGCAGAGGGAGAGAGACAGAGAGGGUGGGGUGCUUUGGAUGUACAUGAACAUGCCGAGAGGAGAGUGUGUGGACGAGCGAUGACAGCCAUGCUGAGCCCAAAGAUCAGACAGACCAGGAGAGCCAGGUCCAAGAGCAUGGUGAUGGGUGAGGUGUCGCGGGGCUCCUGCCGUCCGGCCUCCCCCAGCCUGCAGGAGGGGGCUCUGAAGGCUGGCUGGCUGAAGAAGCAGCGAAGCAUCAUGAAGAACUGGCAGCUCCGCUGGUUUGUGCUGCGCUCGGAUCAGCUGUUUUUCUACAAAGACGAAGAGGAAACCAAACCACAGGGCUGUAUACCUCUGCAGGGAUGCCAGGUCAACGAGCUCACAGCUAAUCCAGAUGAACCAGGGAGACACCUCUUUGAGAUUGUACCAGGUGGAACAGGAGACAAGGACCGAGCACCGAUCAGCCAUGAAUCUUUCCUGCUCAUGGCAAAUUCCCAGACAGACAUGGAUGACUGGGUCAAGGCCAUACGGCGGGUCAUCUGGGCGCCGUUUGGAGGAGGGAUAUUUGGUCAGCGUUUGGAGGACACAGUUCAGUAUGAGAGGAAGUUUGGCCCUCGGCUGGCCCCCUUGCUGGUGGAGCAGUGUGUGGACUUCAUCAGGGAGAGGGGUUUGGACGAGGAGGGUCUCUUUCGAAUGCCAGGACAGGCCAACCUGGUCAAAGAGCUGCAGGAGUCCUUCGACUGCGGCGACAAGCCUUUGUUUGACAGUAAUACUGAAGUCCACACGGUGGCAUCCUUGCUAAAGCUGUACCUGCGGGAGCUGCCUGAACCAGUCAUUCCUUUCUCCAAAUAUGAAGACUUUCUAACCUGUGCACAGCUUUUGGCCAAAGAUGAGGAGGAGGGGGUCCAGGAGCUGGGAAGGCAAGUUAGCACUCUACCUCUACCUAACUACAAUCUCCUCAAGUACAUAUGCAAAUUCCUCGAUGAGGUCCAGUCCCACUGUAAUGAGAACAAGAUGGGUGUCCAGAACCUCGCCACAGUAUUUGGACCAAAUAUCCUUCGACCCAAGAUGGAGGACCCAGUAACUAUCAUGGAAGGCACCUCUUUAGUCCAGCACCUGAUGACAAUCCUCAUCAGGGAACACAUGCGGUUAUACUCAGGCCGGGACCAGGAGGGAACCACAUUAACCGAAACAGAGCUCCCUGUUCAGGGGCAUCAGCUCCAGCAUCGCAGCCUGGGAGCCUGGAUCUCAGAGGAAGACCUCCAGAGCUGCCCGAUUUCCAACCCUGACCAAGAAAUGCACAGCAGCGCCUCAUCGCUGGAUGCCAAAUUGUGUGCAGCCGUCACUCCCACCCAGACCCCUAACCUUAACCCUGGACCAAAACUGGGAUCUUCAUCUGGGAAAGGAGAGACGGUGGUCAGCCCGAGUAAACAAGCCAAGACCAUUCCUUCCUGGAAAUACUCCUUUAAAAGCUCCUCCGCGCCGCGUUCACAGCCGCAAGCCAAGCAAAGCAGCAGUGGCGGCUCAGUGGCUGAUGUUACUAGUGUAUCUUCUGGUGGUGGAGGGGGAGGAGGUGGAGGUGGUAGUGGAGGUGGCGGGAACUGGCUCAUGAAUGGUCUGUCUUCCUUAAGGGGGCACAGACGCACAUCCUCAGGCGAGCGCUCUGCUCGUGAUCGAGACUCCACAGGGUCCACACAGAGACUGUCCACCUACGACAAUGUCACCUCUUCCUCCAGUAUGGGCAGCGUUCCAAGCGUAUCCAGCACACCUUGGUCUACUUCCUCCUGCGAAAUAUCCGUCCCUGACUCGGGAAGUGAGCCCUCUGCCAACCAGAACUGUGGAGUCGUUGGUGAAGCCGGGGAAAAGAGCGAGUGGAUGGAGAGCCAGAGGGAAAUGGACAGAGGAAGGGAUGGAGGAAUGACAACAGACCCGAGCUCUGAGCAGGACAGUUGCGAGGCCAUGGAGCUGUGCAGUAGCAGCGCAGCUUGCAGUGAAAACGGGAACACGGCGAUGGCAACUGGGGUGCCGUCCAUUAUCAUGUCGGAAGACGGAGACGGGACAAAUCUGACACUGAGUGGCCUGGUGGAAGGACUGAAUGAAGAGUUGAGCAAACAGAAGACUGCAUACGAAUCCAGGAUCCUAAAACUGGAGGAGUCGAGCGCUGCUCUGUGCGCACAGAUGGAGCGUUUGGAACAAGAGAUGGAGCAGGAAAAGAAGAAGCAACGCAUGCUGGAGAUCAAGCUACGAAACUCCGAGCGGGCACGGGAGGACGCAGAGAACCGCAACCGGCUUCUGGAGAAAGAGAUGGAGGAUUUCUUCUCCACACUGGGAGAUCUGGCAUUGGGAGCGAGGACUAGUGAUAUUUGACACGGCAGGGCCGCUCAUCUCUCUCUGGCCAAGACUGCCAGCUUUUUUAUAUUUUUGGUCUGUGUCUUUUAAGGGCUUACGUCCUCCUCGGUGCAUCAGGGCGUUCCUUCAAAAGAAGAAAACUGAAGGAACUGGACAAGUUUGUGCACAUUCAGGACAAACUGGAAGGAAAUUCCGAAGGAUGAAAAAAAUAUGAAGCUGUGACUGACUGUGUGGUCCUUGUCAGAAUGUUUAUGUAGAACAGUGUUUGACUGCGCAUGCUUGAAAUGGAGCAUUUUGAUUGAAAGAAAGCGCUCCUGAUCACACUCCUUGAUGCGUCCAGGGUUUGUCUCAUGAAGGCAGUCUUUCACGGUUCAGGUGCCUGUAUGUGAAUAAUUAAAACAUAAUGUUCUUUCUAUGACAUUCUCUGUACUGGAGAGCACUGACUUCCUUAACCACUACUCAACCAAAACAUGAAUCCUUACUGAAACUGCAAAAUCCAUCAGAGACAUGAAUGUUGAAUGCCAACAGCUAACUGACAUCUAGCUGCAAUGAAUUUGCUACAUUUAGCAAAAUACUCUUGUCAUCUUGCAGCGUGUUAGGUUUAAGGCUUGAUACCUCUCUCAUAACGACAGCCAGCAGCUAGUUAGCCUAGCUUAAGAAGUCAGAACACAAAGGGAAAACGCAAGCUCAGCACUGGCCAAAACCUGUAAAGCUACACUAACGUAUCUUGUCAUCGUUUAAACAAUUUGUAGAACUACAAGCGCUGGUUUUAUAGUAGGUCUCCUCUUCAUCUCGAGCUUGGCUAACCAAGCCUCUAUAUUAAGCAGAUUUCAUUUUUAUUUUCGCUUCAGACAGCACUCGACUCUUUCCAGCUUCCCACUGUUAUUAACCAUUAUGUUAAGCUAAGCUACAGCUAACAGUUAAGCCGAGCGUACACUGUACAAUUUCAAAGUGAUUUCAACUAAAUUUUUGAGUCGUACGACUAAUAUUUAAGUUGGCUUCUGUACACUGAGGUAACCGGCGAUCACGGCCAGAUCAGCUGCUCCCGACUGGUCGGGUUAUUUUUUUCUGGCGUUGUGUGAUAUUUUGUGUUGUACGGCUGCACACACUCGCGCAGUAAGAGCAGAGCCACGGGCUGAUUCCCAGAAUUUGGGACUUUUUUAACCUUAACCUGAACCAAACUGACAGCGUCCAAAAUCACCAUGGUAACAGCAGGCAUGCCUGUUUAAUGUGUCUUUUUCAUAUCAUAUCGUAUCUUUUUAGUGUGCGUGUGUGUGAGAGACAGAGAGGGGGAGUCACUGCAUUUUUGCUGGUGAAAAAAUGAAUUUAAUGUCAAUAUCUUGGAAUUUUCUUUUGUUAAUUGCAAAUUCUCAUUCUGAUUUCACUUGUACAGUGUGAGCUCUCAGGUCGUGUCCAACAAUCUGGUCGAACAGUGUGAGCGCAUGAAUCCUGAGCAUCGGUCGUGCAUCGUAAACGAGUCAGUCGUACAGUGUGAGCUGACAUUCCACACUGACUUUUAUACAGUCGUACAGUGUACGCCGGACUUCAGGUAUCUGCUGAGACAAGUUUCAUCUAAUCUUUCUCUAAGCAAGAAAUCAAAUUCAUGCAUUCUCCAAAAUGUCACACUACACCUUCAACUUUUCUUCUGGAUAUUCAACUGUAGACUUGUAGAAUAUAACCCAAAGCCAGGUUUAGAAAAGUUGAUUUUACUAGAUAUUUCUUUUGGAGCUAAACCGAAGCAGUAAAAUGUCAAACCUCUGCAACAGCUGCCUCUGUACUUCCUCUGUCCUCAGGCCUUUCCAGUGCCUCUGUAGACACCAUCUACAUGGUUUCCACAUCCUUUUGAUGUCAAAGCUUCAGUGUUCGGUUCACCUCGACCCUCACAGAUGUCAGUAUACCUUUAAUGUACAGAUAAAUACAACAGGGACAAUGAAAACAACAGUUUAAGCAUUUUUCAACAUGCUGCCAAGGACAAAAGGACAUGUGGCUGAAAAGGUGAAGGCCAUGUACUGUACACAGUAAAUACCAAAGCUGGACCGCCUCAGCUGUUCGCUCUAUAAAGACGAGAAUGACCUGCCUGGAAGCCAUGUUGAUUUUGGCACAUGAAGCUGAACACUGCCCUCACAGAAACAAUGGAAUUUCCUGGUUGUGCCUUCAGGGAAAUGUUUUUGGAUUGGAAAAUGUAGUGUUGCUCGCCUGUCAAGAAAUGUGGUGCAUUUAUUCUCUCAUUGUACACGCAGUGGCUUCAUUGUUUAUUUGUUUUGUUAUUUUUUAAGUAUGGCAACGGACUGCUGAAGAGAAGCAACUUGAAGGUGCCAAUUAUUGUGAAAGUGAAUAGUGCAUUGAAUGGAAAAUGUUGAAUUCAGAAUGUAUCCUCGUGAAUGUAACGUGUUGUUGAAACCAGCCCAAUGAAAAAAAAUGUAAACUACCAGAGGGAGGGAAAAAGAUGAAAACCACUAUUCAUAUCCAGUUCAGCACCCAAACACCCUUACUUUGCCUUCUGCCUUUGGCUACAACUGAACAUUGUUCAGUUGUAGCCAACCUAUAUUAUGGGAUGUAUCACACAGGCCUAUAUCACAUCAGAUAGACAUGCAGAGCUUAGUGGAUCUGUCAAUUGAAUGUUUAACAUUUAAAUCUGAAGUCCUUGUACUAAGAGUUUAUACUUCUCUUUUUGUGAAAAUUGCAUGAGGUUAGAUUGUGGAAAAAGGCCUUGAUCAUGCAGAGGGAUGUCCACAGGGUUUAAAUGACACUUCUUAAAGGGCCAGACACACAGUAUAAUACAAGAUACGGUUUACUUGGACAAUGGGAUUUUUAUUUCUUUUGUAUGUUUUUUUUUUUUUUUACACAGGUUUACAAGACGGCCUUUUAAGGCUUUUGAGUUAGCUUCAAGAACUACCACGACUACACUCCACAGUUUCAUGGUCUUAAUUUCCUGCAGGUUAGCUGCCGACAGCUAACUGAUCUCUGUCAGGCAUUUAUUUCCCUUCAUGGAUGUCACAUGACGAAGGCUUGAUGUUUGUUAGUGCUCUGCUGAUCAUCUAUGGUGCUUAUUUAUUAUGGAUUUCCACUAUUGUAAUGGAUGGACUUGUAUGGGAAUAAACAUGACAAAGAUCA